AUGGUCCUGACGGCGGAUCUCGAUGGGGAAAGUUUGGAAGUCAUCAAUAUCGAUGUCCUGGAAUUCUAUAUUGCGGAAGAAAAAGGGAUGCGUCAACGAAACAACGUCGUCACGGAGGCGAGUGAUAUCCCGCUAAAUAGAGAGAAAGUUAUGGCGGUGAGCAGACGGCGAAGGUCUGGAUCAUUAGGUUUUAUGCGAGGUUGGUAUUCCCCUAAAUGGGAACGAGAUACACGUUAUCAAGCCGAUUUUUUGCUCCUGAAACGUCGAGGUAAACGUCAAGUUGCCUCAUCGGAGACAGAGAAAUUGGAAUCGGAACUUGUCAUUCUGGCAUAUCUUUAA